AUGAUUUGUUGCCGGGCAAAUGUGGGUGGUAUCCCGGUGGUACGACUCUCGUCAACCGGAAACCCAAUUCCCGGAUGCGGCUGCGCGGGGGGAUCUCGCCGGAAGCUUGGUAAACGAGCACAUCCGCUGCUGCCGCCCGCGCCGCAAAAUUUGGCACCGCGAGCGCUCGCAGCCCGCUUCCGGCCUCCGUCCCCCGGACCCCUAACGUCGCUCUCGCCCGCGAAAAUAGCGGCCAACCGCUCCGUGUACGCGGUUCAUUCAGUAUGGCCGCCUUCCAUUCAUAAAAAGGCGAGGCGCAGGCGGUGUGUUGCGCGGUGA